AUGGAUCUAAUUACUUUGGGUGCAUUCCAAGUUACUAGCACCGGGGAAUUGAGACCUAAGAAGGCUGAAACAAAAGCUCCUGCUCGAAUUAAGACUGUCAGUCUGGAUUUAGGGGAUGAUUUCAGGAAAGGAAAAAUGUACGGAGGAGAGUAG